ACAGGACACUGCUAAAUACGGCGUCCGGAGACAGGCCGCGCUGCCUGUAAACAAGCUUUGCUCACCCAGCGCAGUGCCUGGAGUGACAAAUUUCCUAGCCCAGCGCCAGGAGAGCCCGGGGUGCCGCAGCAGAGGAGCGGGGGGCGGAGACAGGGCGACAGGAGGCCCGGAACCGGCAGGGCUGGCCCGGAGGAGGAGGAGGAGUGCGCUGGGCAUGGCGGCGCCCGCAGCGCUGCAGCGGAGCGUGGUGGCUCCCGCGGGCAGGCACACCGCCUCCCUCAUCUUCCUGCACGGCUCAGGUGAUACUGGCCAAGGAGCAAGAGCAUGGAUAAAACAGAUUUUGAAUCAAGACAUGGCAUUCCAACAUAUAAAAGUAAUUUACCCAACAGCUCCUGCCAGGCCAUAUACACCCAUGAAAGGAGCCUUUUCCAAUGUGUGGUUUGACAGGUAUAAGAUCUGUAAUGACUGUCCUGAACACAUUGAAAGCAUCGAUUCCAUGUGCCGGGGCCUUACAGACCUGAUCAAUGAUGAGGUUAACAAUGGCAUUGCCAAGAGCAGGAUACUCAUAGGAGGCUUUUCAAUGGGAGGUGGAAUGGCAAUGCAUUUGGCCUUUAGGUUUCAUCAGGAUCUGGCAGGAGUCUUUGCCUUGUCCAGUUUUCUGAAUAAAGACUCUGCUGUUUACCAGGCUUUGAAAAGAAAUGAAAGAGCUCUUCCAGAAUUAUUUCAGUGCCAUGGAACUGCUGAUAAUCUAGUUCUCUACUCAUGGGGUGAAGAGACCAACAAGAUGUUAAAGUCUCUGGGAGUAUCAACGUCACUUCAUACUUUUCCAAACCUCAAUCAUGAGCUGAACAGAACUGAAAUAGAAAAAUUAAAAUCCUGGAUUAUAAAGAAAUUGCCUGUUGAAGCACCAAAGGCUAAUGAAUAAAUGAAGAUCCAGCCUCA